UGAUAAUUAGGGCUCAUUCGUUUCAAAUGUAGGAUGAUCUUAUCUUGUUGCAGUCUAAUGAUUCCGAAAUGGUUUAAUGGCGACGAAGAGCAGCUUAUAUGGCAUGAGGGUGGGAGGAGGAGGAGGAAGACGGGUAAGGGUGGAAUGGCGGUGGUGGGAAGGGAGCCAAUGGUUUUCUCACCAGUUCCGCUGCGGAAGUGUUCACGAACCAGAGAAGCCCACGCUUAAAACGGCGCUUAUAAACCCACUCUCCACGCGUGAACGGAGUUUAAAAAGAAAUUCCGAAAAAGAAGAAAUAUAAAAUCUCUCUCUCUCUCUCUCUCUCUCUCUCUUUCCCUCUCUGCUUUUUACAGACAGCAACCCUAGCACCCUGUUUUGUCUGAACUGCAAUCUCUCUCUCUUUUUCUGUAUGUGUGUAUGUGUGCGUUGAGAGGAGGCAGGAGCGAGGGCUGAGCGUUGCGUUUCGAGGACUGCAAGUGCAAGGAUAAAUUCCAAAGCUAGAUCUCAUGCAGGUGUCAUGAAAGGUGGUGGUGGGAUGGAUGCAUCAACAAAAACUCCAAAGACUUCUUCAGGACAGGAACAACCUUCUACAAGUAGCAGUGCUUCUGCAUAUACUGAUUGUGCUUCAUUUCAGGCAUAUUUCAACCCUUCUGGAACUUCACCUAUUCCUCCAGCUGGCUUCUUUCAUUCUCCAAUGGGUUCCAGCCCUCAAGCUCAUCCCUACAUUUGGGGGGCCCAGCAAAUGGUUCCACCAUAUGGAACUCCACCUCCAUAUGUUGCAAUGUAUUCUCAUGGACUGUAUGGUCAUCCAUCCAUUGCACAGGGGUCUCAUCCAUAUAGCACCUAUAUGAUGCCAUUCUCAAAUGGGACUGCUGAAUCUUCUGCUGGAGGUGGUCCUGAACUGGAGGGUAAGCAGCGGAGUCCUAUUAAGAGUGCUAAAGGAAGUUUAGGCAAUCUGAAUACCUUGACAGGCAAAGAUAAUGAUGCUAAAGCAUCAGGAGCAUUAGCCAAUGGCACCCCAUCACAAAGCUGUGAGAGUGCAGAUGAAGGCCCUUCUACUGAAGGGAGUGAUGCAAAUUCUGAAAAUGAUUCUCAGAGAGCACCAACCCGCAAGCAAGAAUCACUGAGUGCUGAGGAGGCAAGGAAUGAGAACACAGCAUGCAGUCCUCAAUGUUCAGUAACACAAUUACAGUCAUCACAGAAUGAUACUGUGCCUGCAAUGGCGAUCCCACCUGUUGCCAUUACUGGUCCAGCAACUAGUCUAAACAUUGGCAUGGACUAUUGGAAUGGGCCUGCUUCUGCUCCUGCUGCAGCUAUUCAAAGCAAGGUUCCUCCUCCUACAAGUUCUGCACCAAUACUUCCUGCACCUUCUAUGGGACCCCAUGAUGGUGUCCCAUCAGAGAUGUGGUUGCAAGAUGAGAGAGAACUUAAACGACAGAGGAGGAAGCAGUCUAACAGGGAAUCAGCACGUCGAUCAAGACUUAGGAAGCAGGCUGAAUGUGAAGAGCUGGCCCGGCGUGUAGAGACCUUGAAAGAUGAGAAUGGUUCUCUCAGAUCAGAAUUGCGUCAAUUGAGAGAGGAAUGUGAGAAACUUAAAUCUGAGAAUGAUCAUCUAACUGAAAGGCUUCAAAAAAUGGUCGGAAAUAUUAUUUCAGAAAAUGGUCACGACCAGAGUGAAUGCAACUCGCAGGUAGCCAGUAAUUUAGAAAAUGUGGAAAAGGAUCCGUAAUUUCAGAAAGUUUUUAACACGACCGGAACGAACCAAGCAACCGAAUGUGGUUUUAGUUUUGUAUUUACUAAUGCUCGGGUCUCCCUCUGUCACUGAUCUUUUUUCAAGGUGUGUGAGGAUUGUUGGAUCUCGAUAUCAUAGGUAGGGUCAAAAUUGAAAUUGUAACCAUGAAAUUUCGUUUAAUAAAGAUUUAAAACAUUUUUGUUC